UGUUGAAUAUAGCUUUAUCAAUUUAGGAUCAAAAACAAAACUUAAAUACAUGUUAUAAUAUUUGAUAUUUCUAAUAAACUGACUAUAAGCGACCGUAGCCGUAUAAACCGUCUUCUUCUAAAUGCCAGAACCGUAGAUAGCCACUUACUGAUUUAUCUCCCUGAGUGUAACAAAAAGGUCUAAGACGGCAUGGGGAUAACAGUCGACGUGUAUGAUCACGAUACUGACUCUACGCACCAGAUGCUUCUACAAAAACUUUCCAAGCGUGGAUCCUAUAUUCUCAGUGGUGGGUGGUUAAUGGAUUUUGUCAUCAGGAGGGUUUUGAAGAAGAAAGAUGAGAUUGGAAUGUAUUGGGAUCGUUCUGAUUAGAAGCUUCAUUUCAGCGUGCUUUUUCGUCACCAACUAGAGUCAGGUCUGGUUCUAUUCUUGCAGUACCAUCUCAGGCACCAACAGGAGUUGUCGCAGGUUCUGUCCUUGCA